UCCCAUGCGCACCAACUCGCCGCCGGGCUCGGGUCCCCUUUUGUCUCCCCGCCCCGCCGGAGCUUGUGCUUCCGGACCGGGCGGGGAGAGGCCAAGAGCAGGUUCCGCUUCUCCCAGGGCCGAUGCGGGCGGCGGAGCUUCCGCUGCGUCCGGGGGAAAAAUGAAUUACAUGCCGGGCACGGCCAGCCUCAUCCAAGAUAUCGAUAAGAAACACUUGGUCCUCCUUAGAGAUGGCAGAACAUUGAUUGGAUAUUUACGCAGCAUUGAUCAAUUUGCAAAUCUGGUUUUGCACCAAACAGUGGAGCGCAUUCAUGUGGGCAAAAAGUAUGGUGACAUCCCUCGUGGCAUCUUCGUAGUCAGAGGCGAGAAUGUUGUACUCCUGGGAGAAAUUGACCUGGAAAAGGAAAGUGAUACCCCUUUGCAGCAAGUCUCGAUAGAGGAAAUCUUGGAAAUUCAACGAGUAGAGCAGCAAACGAAGCAAGAAUCAGACAAGUUAAAAAUGCAAGCGCUGAAGGAGCGGGGCCUCUCCAUUCCAAGGGCUGAUACGUUAGACGAAUACUAAGUAUUUACCUGAACUGUCUCCCAAAGAUUGAGGAGACUAUGUACUGAAGUGCCCAAGUAAUGGACAACUAUUUUUUUUUAUUAUUAUUUCAGAUUCCUUCUCCUCCCCCCCCCCCCCCCCCAUGCAGAAAACAGUUGGAUCAUCAUGACGUAAACUGUAGUUCUUCCCAUUUCACAAAAAAAUCAUUAUUUUUGAAGAUUAAAUAUAAUCCAGCAUGAUGAAGCAAUUGUAAAAGAGAAGGCUGGUUUGAGACAUUUUGUUUAUUAUUUUUUUUAAUACAGGGAUGACUUCUGGAAGAAGUGGGGAAGUAACCCUCUCUAAUCUGUAAAUAAAAGGUGAUUCUAAACACUGCUGUAAGCUAAAGUGGAAGCACUACUGAGAA